AUGAAGGAUUCAGCAUCUCUGGGCUUCCGGGAAGCCCUUCUGAAGCAGCCUGUGAGCUGGUGGAUAGGAGGUGUGCGUGUGAACGCAAACAUCCUGGACAACAUCCUUCAAGUGACGUCCACCACAUCUGGCUUCUGGGUCAACACCACCAUCAACAUAAUCGAAGAGUUGGAAAGAGCCUCGACGUCCAAGGUCAUCCGGCCUCUUCCCUCCCCGCCUGGUGCCGGGCGCCUCCGCCUCCGCCAGCCCAGCCCCCACUCCCUGGCUGUGGUCCAGCAGCCUGGCCGCUGUCCAGCGAGAGAUGAAUGGGCCGAGGUGGGGCAGCGAGCGUGCACGCGGCGCUGGGGUGUGGGCGGUGGGCGCUUGUGCCUGCGCGUACAUGCCCUGGUGGGGUGGACAUGCAAGCGUGUCCAUGCAGGGCUGCUGUCACAGAGCCUUGAGUUCAACUCUCCUGCCGACAACUACACCGUGUGUGAAGGGGACAAUGCCACCCUCAGCUGCUUCAUCGACGAGCAUGUGACCCGCGUGGCCUGGCUGAACCGCUCCAACAUCCUGUACGCGGGCAACGACCGCUGGACCAGUGACCCGCGGGUGCGGCUUCUCAUCAACACGCCGGAGGAGUUCUCCAUCCUCAUAACCCAGGUGGGGCUCGGCGACGAGGGCCUGUACACCUGCUCCUUCCAGACCCGCCACCAGCCGUACACCACUCAGGUCUACCUCAUCGUGCACGUUCCCGCCCGCAUUGUGAACAUCUCAUCCCCUGUGACCGUGAACGAGGGGGGCAAUGUGAACCUGCUCUGUCUGGCUGUGGGGCGGCCGGAGCCCACCGUCACCUGGAGGCAGCUCCGAGAUGGCUUCACCUCAGAGGGCGAAAUCCUAGAGAUUUCCGACAUUCAGCGGGGCCAGGCGGGCGAGUAUGAGUGUGUGACCCACAACGGGGUCAACUCUGCGCCGGACAGCCGCCGCGUGCUGGUCACCGUCAACUAUCCUCCGACCAUCACGGACGUGACCAGCGCGCGCACAGCCCUGGGCCGGGCAGCCCUCCUGCGCUGCGAAGCCAUGGCCGUGCCCCCAGCGGACUUCCAGUGGUACAAGGACGACAGACUGCUGAGCAGCGGCGCGGCCGAGGGCCUGAAGGUGCAGACGGAGCGCACCCGCUCCAUGCUGCUGUUCGCCAACGUGAGCGCCCGGCACUACGGCAACUACACGUGUCGCGCUGCCAACCGGCUUGGAGCGUCCAGCGCCUCGAUGCGGCUGCUGCGCCCGGGAUCCCUGGAAAAUUCGGCCCCAAGGCCCCCGGGGCCCCUGACCCUCCUCUCUGCCCUGAGCUGGCUGUGGUGGAGGAUGUAG